CCUCGCUAAUCUCCCGAGUCUGGGCGGCACCGGGCGUCCCACGAUGCCGAAGAACAAGAAGCGGAACACUGCCCACCGCGGUGGCAGUGCUGGCGGCGGUUCAGGGGCAGCUGCAGCGACGGCGGCGACAGCAGGCGGCCAGCAUCGAACUGUUCAGCCAUUCAGUGAUGAGGACGCAUCGAUCGAGACAAUGAGCCACUGCAGUGGUUACAGCGAUCCUUCCAGUUUUGCUGAGGACGGACCGGAAGUCCUGGAGGAGGAAGGAAGUCAAGAGGACUUGGAGUACAAGCUGAAGGGACUCAUCGACUUGACCUUGGAUAAGAGUGCGAAGACAAGGCAGGCAGCUCUGGAAGGUAUCAGAAAUGCACUGGCUUCCAAAAUGCUGUAUGAAUUCAUUCUGGAGAGAAGAAUGACUCUAACCGAUAGCAUCGAACGCUGCCUGAAAAAAGGGAAGAGUGACGAGCAGCGUGCGGCGGCGGCCCUGGCGUCCGCGCUCUGCGUCCAGCUCGGCCCUGGUAUCGAGAGCGAGGAGGUCCUCAAGACGCUCGGCCCGGUCCUGAGGAAGAUCCUCUGCGACGGGACAGCCAGCGUCCAGGCCAGGCAAACCUGCGCCACUUGCUUUGGUGUGUGCUGCUUCAUCGCCACCGACGACAUCACUGAGCUGUACGCCACCCUGGAAUGUCUGGAAAACAUCUUCACCAAGGCCUAUCUCAAGGAGAAGGACACCAACGUGAUCAGCAGCAGCCCCAACACGGUGCUGUACAUCAGCUCGCUCCUCGCCUGGACGCUCCUGCUGACCAUCUGCCCGAUCAGUGAGGUGAAGAAAAAGCUAGAGAUGCAUUUCCAUAAACUGCCCAGCCUGCUGUCAUCCGAGGACGUGAACAUGCGGAUCGCGGCCGGGGAGUCGCUGGCGCUGCUGUUUGAACUGGCCCGCGGGGUGGAGAGUGACGUCCUGUAUGAAGACAUAGAGUCUUUGACUCAGAUGCUCCGGGCUUUGGCCACAGACGGGAAUAAACACCGGGCCAAAGUGGACAAGAGGAAGCAGCGGUCGGUGUUCAGAGACGUCUUGCGGGCGGUGGAGGAACGGGAUUUUCCAACAGAAACUGUUAAAUUUGGUCCUGAGCGCAUGUACAUUGACUGCUGGGUCAAAAAGCACACCUACGACACGUUUAAGGAGGUCCUGGGCUCGGGCAUGCAGUACCACCUGCAGUCAAAUGAAUUCCUUCGCAAUGUAUUUGAACUUGGACCCCCUGUGAUGCUCGACGCAGCAGCGCUGAAAACGAUGAAGAUCUCUCGUUUCGAAAGGCAUUUAUAUAAUUCCGCGGCCUUCAAAGCGCGAACCAAAGCUCGCAGCAAGUGUCGUGAUAAGAGAGCAGAUGUUGGAGAGUUCUUCUAGAUUUUCAGCACUUGAAGACUACUUUCUAAUUUCCAAUUUUCUUUUUCUUUUGUAAUUUCUAAUGUAUUUAAACUCUGUAGACAGUUUUUAUCUCGGGUCAACAUGGAUUGCUUUUGUAGCCAGGGUCAUGUGACUUAUAAUUUAAUGUAAGUGGUUAAGUUCUGAUUAUUGAAUAUUCUCUGUAAAUAUCAUCAGUAAACCAUGAAUAAAGUGUUUGUAAUGUUUUCUAUUUAUGAAGAGAGCAGAAAUAUGGUAUUUCAUGAUAAGAAAACUAAUAGCCAAGGUGAAAUAUACUGUGGUUGUCAGAUAUACUGAUUUAAUGGUAUAGAUAUCACAAGAUAUUUAAUUUAACAUCUUAGACAAUGAGCUGGAUCCAAUUUUGGGAGCUAUUCUGAAAAAGCUGCUACUUUUUUAAUUGUAAAUAGAACCUAAGGAUUUUAGUUUUGUCACUCGGAUCAACAAAGGGAAUCCCACCAUGAGACCUUACAGCAGCACCGCCGGGCCAGCCCGGGGGAGUCCCAGCGCACACGCGCCCGCGAGGCCGCACACCCUGGCCUUGGAGGGGCGGUAGCACUAGUUUCACCUGUUGUAAGUUCUGUGCUCUUUAUUUGAAAUAAAGAUCUUUUC